AUGACUUUUGAGAACGUCCCACAUCCGGAUCACGGCACCAUAUAUGCCAACGACGACCAAUGCGAGGGCACCGACGCCCGAAGUGAUGGCCCACUAAACGCGAGUGGUCGUAGCGACGCCUCCUCGGGGUGUUCGCACGAAGAUCUUUAUGCUCGAGAUAUCUUUCUUGACCCGCACGAGGCCCGAAUUUUGCUCGAACCGUGGGAUCGCCCUAGAGACACUGUUGAACAUGACACAGCAAAUAUGGACGACCUUGAGCUACCCAGUCCCGAACAUGGAGGUCGGGUGGAGUCCGACGAAUUUCGAUCUAUAGCUGUUGCUGCGAGGAAAAGAACAGCAGACAGGAAGGCGAUCGUGAGACGGUAUGCACCUUCAGGGCAAGUGGAAGGUCCACGGCCAUCCUCAACGCAGAUAUUUGAGCCUUUGGAAACAGACAUUCUACAGAGCAGCAAAUCCUCGAGCCUCGACUCAUUGAACGGGCUCCCGAACCAGGCCAAUGAAGAGCUCAUAUUGGACACAUCAAGACUGCCGCAUGGGAAGAUAAGAACAUUGAACAAGCCGGUGGUGACAAGCAGCCAUUUCUCCCCUGAGGUACGUGCCAAGACACAAUAUCAUCCCGAUGUGAUCGAAGACUCCAAGGAAUCGUGCGACACAAAGCGUGACUGUUUGGCCGACCGCCUUAGUCUUGUUGUCAUGUCGGCGCGUGUUACAGCCUCAUCGCGUUCGGAAACCGCUCAGAUUACACCAGAACCGGUAUCCAGUGCGCUGAUUGACAAUUAUGACGCUCUCGACAGCAACAGGGCUCCCGACGAAGGUGAACUUCCGCCACCCCCGCCACCACCACGUACUGAGCGACAAACAAAUGUGCCUCCCCGAACAUAUUCAGUCGAUUCGGUUGCUCAAACAUGGCCGCCUUCAAUACUGGUGGGUCGCCGUCUUGUCUUCAACAGUCCCGUUCAGCCAAAUCCGUCACCAGCACUCUCGAACGAUGCUGGCGAGACUUUAGGCAACUUAACGGAGCUUACCGAGCGUCUGAACAUCGUGAGAAAUGGCAUUGACGAGGCUGGAAUAGUCCCACAGUCUCGAUUUGCAAGCCCAGUUGCAUGGGGCGGAGUAGCGCGCAGAGGAUCGUCACUGGUGGAGUCGUGGGUAGACACGGCUGCGGCUGGUGAAGACGUUGACAUGGGAGGAGAUCAUGGGACAUUGGGAAGCCGGGCCAGAUCAACGUCACAGCUGGCACAUCCGCAACCGACUCGUGGGCCAGGGUAUAGACAUGCAGUGCUAGACUCGCCAUCACCUCGGACGGCCUCCACAGGCCGGCCAGCGCUGUCUAAUCGCUCUUCAUAUCGGCCAUCGCCACUAUCUGGACUACAAAUCGUGGAGUGGGAAGUAACGGAAGUAGCCAGCGACGACGAGAACUGCGACGAGAGAGGUGCUCUAGACAAUCGGAAGCGUCGCAGUUCAGAGACGGAUACGCAGAACGAGCAGUUUCUCAAGAAGAUCCGCUCAAGGAAAGGAUCUGGUGCAGGUGGCUCUCUGAGUGGUUGA